AAGAACCUGUAGUGUAAGUAAUUGUUGAGCUGUUGUUUGAGUCUCUCUGUCUGAGAUCAUAUGCAGUGAAAUGGCAGAAGCCAGCAUUUCAGUGGGACAGGACCAGUUCAUCUGUCCAGUGUGUCUGGAUCUACUGAAGAAUCCAGUGACCAUUCCUUGUGGACACAGUUACUGUAUGAGCUGUAUUACCGGCUGCUGGAAUCAGGAUGAUCAGAAGGGAGUUCACAGCUGCCCACAGUGCAGACAGACCUUCACUCCAAGACCUGUUUUAGGUAAGAAUGUGGUGUUUGCUCAGAUGGUUGAGAAACUGAAGAUGACUAAACUGCAAGCUACUGGAUCUGGAGAUUUGGAGUGUGACGUCUGCUUUGGAAGAAAACUCAAAGCCGUCAAGUCCUGUCUGGUGUGUCUGGAAUCUUACUGUCAAACUCAUUUUGAACGUCAUGAAGAAUUUCGCUCAGGAAAUCCACACAAAGUGAUCGAUGCCACUGGACGACUCCAGCAGAUGAUCUGUCCUCAACAUGGUAAACAACUGGAAAUCUUCUGCCGCACUGACCAGCGCAGCAUUUGUUACCUGUGUACAAUGGAUGAGCACAAAUACCACGACACUGUAACAUCUGCAGCAGAGAGGACAGAGAAACAGAAACAUCUGGAACAAACACUAAGCAACUUCCAUCGGAGAAUCUGGCAGAGAGAGAAAGAUCUCCAGGAGCUGAGAGAGGUUGUGAAGACUUAUAAGCGCUCUGCACAGACAGCAGUGGAGGACAGUGAGAGGAACUUUACUGAACUGAUCCGCUCCAUUGAGAGAAGCCGCUCUGAGGUGACACAGCUGAUCAGAGAUCAGGAAAAUGCUGCUGUGAGUCAAGCUGAAGGACUCUUGAAACAACUGGAGAAAGAGAUCGAUGACCUGAGGAGGAGAAACACUGAGCUGGAGCAGCUUUCAAACACAGACGAUCACAUCCAUUUCCUGCUGAGUGUCGAGGCUUGCUCUGUUCCUCCUAAAACUACUGUUGUGCCCACAAUCAAUGCCAGUUCUCUCCUCUUAUAUGAGGAUGUGGGAAAAUCUGUCCUUCUGCUAAAAAAGAAACUUGAGGAUUUCUGCAAAGAAGAGAUAAAAAAGACAUCUGAUAGAGUGGCACACAUUGAAAUCAUUUCCACUUCUGAGGAGAGCCUUGAAUUGCCACCACCCAGUCCCAAACCAAUGCCAAGAUCACUGUCCAUGCCCUUCCAAAAGCCAGAGUUAAAGCAGAGAUCCUUUACAAUACCACCACCAAGACCCUUCCUGGCGAAUACAAAGUAUUGGAACUUCACUGAACCGUGAGUCACAGGCCAGACUCUUCACAGCACCAAGGUAAUGGCCCAGACCAUCGCUGACUCCUGCUCACCAAGACAAAGGUCAUUUCUUAUGCUGAUCAAAUAUGCUUUUUAACAUACGGUUUUUGUCUGAAUAAAUACGAAGAAAAUUGUUCCUAUUAUAUCCUACAAAAAUUCUUGAUAUAACCCUUAUUCUUUGGAAUUCUGCAAUCUCUCCACCACUAUGUGUAUGUUAGAGGAAAUGUAUUAACCAUUUCUUGAUUCUUUAUGAUUUUUAAAAUAUUAA